AUGACGUGGCGGCAUGCUGCGGCGGGAGGGGCCGGCGGUGGCGGCGAUGGCGGCGCGAGCGUGCGGGAUGCAACGACGGCGUAUGCGUUCUGGAAGCCAGGGACGGCCGGGCCGGGCGCGCACGCGGCGGAUCGUGACGAUUCGCGGGCGUUGGAUCUGGCGGGCGGGGCCAUGGGUGGCGAUGGUGGCUCGCGCGGCGGGUUGCCGGUGGACGGCAUGCGGGCGCAGGUGUGCUACCUGGUUGAGAGCCAUGCUGUGGUCCUGGUGGCUGGCGAGACCGGAUCGGGAAAGUCGACGCGGAUUCCGGCGUUCUUGCUCGAUGCCGGCUGGGCCAACGGCGGGCGGCGGAUCGCGGUGGCCAUGCCGCGGCGGCUGGCGGCGGUCGAGCUGGCCAAGCAUGUGGCAGCGAUGCGGGGCUCGGCUCUCGGCGGGGAGGUCGGCUACCGCAUCCGGUUCGGGUCGAUGGUGAGUCGCGAGACGAGAUUGGUCUUUGCCACCGCCGGCUCGCUGCUGAGCGAGAGCCUGGCGGACCCGCUGCUCUCGCGGUACUCGGUGGUGGUGGUCGACGAGGCCCACGAUCGGACGCUCGAGACCGAGAUCCUGCUUGCGCUGCUCAAGCGGAUCCGCCGCGCGCGGCCGGACUUGCGUCUAGUCAUCAUCUCAGCAACGCUCGAGGUUGGGCCGCUGGUGGCAUUCUUCUCCGAUCCGCGGCCGCACGCCAAGCUCCGCGACGUGACCCUCCUUGUGGUGCCUGGCUCCUCUUAUCCAGUCGAGGUGGUGUACGUGGCGCGGCCGCUGGCCAACUAUCAGGCUUACGCGGUGGAGCUUGUCUCGUGGAUUCAUGCAACGCAGCCAGCCGGUGACGUGCUCAUCUUCUGCCCGGGACUGGCCGUCAUCCGCUCGCUUGUAGCCGCGCUCGAAGACCGGGCGUACGCCGACAUGGUGGCCGGCAUCCGGCCGGCAGCGGGCAGCGGGGUGCAGAUGGCGAUCCACGCGCUGCACGCCAAGCUCGAUGUAGCCGGCCAGCGCGCGCUCUUUGAGCGCAAGGCCAACGUUCGGCGGAUCAUUGUGGCGACCAACGUGGCCGAGUCUGCGGUGACACUGCCCGGGGUGGUGUACGUCAUCGACUCCGGCCUGGUCAAGCGGCCGACGUGCUCGCCGGUGACCGGAGCGACCAAACUGACGGUGACGGCAGUGUCCAAGGCCGAGGCUGCGCAGCGGGCAGGGCGGGCGGGGCGGACAGCGGCCGGUACGGCGUUUCGGCUCUACACUCGGGCGACUCACGCCGCGCUGGCACCGCACGCACCACCAGUUGUGCAAACUGCGGAUCUAGAGCGGCUUGUCCUGACGCUCGCGCGGCUUGGGGUGGCGCGAGUGAGCGCGAUGCAGUUUGUGGCGCCGCCGUCGCACGGCCUGGUUCUAGGCGCACAGCGGCGGCUGGUUGAGCUCGGCGCGCUGGAGGCUGGCAACCACGCGCUGACCCAUGAUGGCUUUGUCAUGGCCUCGCUUCCGCUGUCGGCGAUGGCGGCGCGAGCGCUGCUCGCUGGGAGCGCGCUCGGGUGCGGGAUGGAGGUCCUCAUGCUCGUGGCAGUUCUCCAGGUUGAGCCGCUCUUCGCCGGGCGAGCGGCGCGGGUACGUGCCGGGCAGCUGGCGCUCGGCGCGGCCGAGGGCGACUUCCUCACGUACAUCAACGCCUUUGUGGCGUUCCGCGGUCUGGAGGCCGCUCAGCGAAAGGAGUGGGCCGAGGAGCGCGGGCUCUCUCUGAGGGCGCUUGCGCGAGCCGGCCAGGUCUUUGACAAGCUGAUGGUGGCGGUGAGCCGGGUCGGCAUUGCUCUGCCGUCCAUCCAUGUGGGUGGCGAAGGAGCUGCGGCGAUGGGGCCGGCCGAGGCCGGGGCGGUUGUUCUUCGGGCGCUCGCCGCCGGGUUUGGCAAGCACAACGCGGCACGUCACGUGGCUGGCAACGUGUACAAGGCCGUGAGCGACGGGGCAGAGGUUAGCGUCGACUCGCGCUCGGUUGUCGACCUUGUCGAAACCUGGCCACCGCUCAUUAUGUACGCCGAUCGCGAGGCCGAGGCGAGCGGCUCGGCCGAGAUUGUCCGCGAGGUCUCGGCUGUCGAGUCGAGCAGCGUGCUCGAGCAGUUUAACGUUGGAAGGGCUAGUUGA